AUGGCAGCGAGUCUGGAAAAAGAAUCUACACCCCACCAGCACUUCUCUGAUGAUGACGACACAUCAGACGAGGAAGCGUCGGAUGCUUUCGUGACGGAGGAGGUAGAGAUGGAAAAUGCCCAGCUCUCCAAGGCGCCGGUCUUCACGGCUGUCAUGGCAGAGAGUUUGGAGACCGCGGAGGCCCCUUGGUCGUCCAUUUGGGGAUGGCGACAUUUAAGAUACGAAGGAUGGGAGUCGUCACAGUACCUACAAAAGUUCUAA